CUCCCACUCCUCGUCUGCCUUUUGUAUUUUUUAAUGGGGUCUCUUGCCUGUUUUGAGCGGACUUAAUUAAAAAGCCGCUGUGAGUGAUGCCUUGUGACGGCCUAAUCCCAACCCGGUGACUCUACAAAGCUUUCGCCUGGGUUUCCCCCUGCUCCACUCCGGCCCUGCUCACUCCCUCGCUGUCUGUGUCAGGUCUCCGCUCCAGUGCCCCCCAACUGCACACGCUGACCCCUCCAGGACGGUUUGGUUUCUCGCGGCCCGUGUCCUGUGAACGAUAAGGAAGCAGCAUGUCUGCAAUAACUGGAACGUUCCGGAUCGUCUCCGAGGAGGAGCAAGCCCUUCGCACCAAACUUGAGCGACUCACCACUAAGGACCACGGCCCCGUCUUCGGAAAGUGUGACAAAGUCCCCCCACACACCAUUCAGAAGGCAAAGGACGAGCUGAACGAGACAGAGGAGAAGCGGGAGUCGGCCGUGAAGGAGCUCCGGGAGCUGGUGCGUGAGAGAGCCAGCGGGAGCGAGGACGUGUGCAAGGCCGUGGCAGAGAAGGUGAAAGGAAAGGAUGACUCCUUUUUCCUUCGCUUCAUCCGCGCCCGCAAGUUCGACGUCAACAGAGCUUAUGAGCUACUAAAAGGCUAUGUAAACUUCCGUCAGCAGUACCCAGAGCUCUUCGAUAACCUGACGCCCGAGGCCGUGCGCAGCACCAUCGAGGCCGGCUACCCCGGCAUCCUGGCCAGCAGGGACAAAUACGGCCGAGUGGUGAUGCUCUUCAACAUUGAGAACUGGGACUACGAGGAGAUCACCUUUGAUGAGAUUCUUCGCGCAUAUUGUGUUAUCUUAGAGAAGCUGCUGGAGAAUGAAGAGACCCAGAUCAACGGACUCUGCAUCAUUGAGAACUUCAAGGGCUUCACCAUGCAACAGGCGUCUGGCAUCAAACCCUCCGAACUCAAGAAGAUGGUGGAUAUGCUGCAGGACUCCUUCCCAGCUCGAUUCAAGGCCGUUUACUUCAUCCACCAGCCUUGGUAUUUCACCACCACCUACAACGUGGUCAAACCUUUCCUGAAGAGCAAACUCCUGGAGCGGGUCUUUGUGCAUGGGGAGGAGCUGGAGUCCUUCUACCAGGAGAUCGAUGCUGACAUCCUGCCAGCAGAUUUUGGUGGUAACCUGCCCAAAUAUGAUGGCAAAGCUAUUGCUGAGAAGCUUUUCGGGCCCCGGAUCGAGGCCGAAGACACAGCUCUAUAAAGCAGAUCCCCUCCCUGCUUCUCCAUACAAUAGGACUAGAGAUGGCCCUUUAACCCCCCCCUUACUGUAGCAUUGAUUGCAUGACCGCUUGUGAUGAUAAACUCUGGGUGCGUACCUCCACCCAUGCUCCUUACCCCUCCAAACUCCAGCAAGGCAGCAGGGUCUGCUGCCCUGAGUCUUGGGAAGGAUCUUCUCUCUCCAGUUGUCCAUCAGGGAAAGGAACCCAUAAACAGUCUGUUCCAUGGUACGCCAUGAAACUGCUAAGAGAGGACAGGGCAGCAACUGAAUGGGGAAGAGAGGCUCAGGCUGCUUGGAAGAGGCAAUCAGAACUACCACUGCUUAGCCCCACCCCUCACCUGAACACUGGACCAUAGCUUCUCCCCUGCUCGCCUCCAGCCUGGGUAGUGUAGUAGUUGCAAAGUGCAUUUCCCUGUGCUUGCUGGCCUGGCUUGUGAGGGGGCGAGGCAGUGGGAAAGCAGAUCUCCAAGGUCAGUAUUUGCCCAUCCACAGCAGCGUACUUGGAGGUCUCGCUAGUGACAGGUGACUACAGCUGAGGAAGGAGAACAGUGUGGCGGGAAAGCAGCAGGACAGCCCCCGGUAGUGGGGAGAGAGCGCCGAGCAUCAGGUGCAACUGUGUGGAUGACACAGCCAGAGUCCAUCAUUGCAGGAGAGCGCCAAGAAGUGCUGUUUGAAAUAUGUACACAAAGAAAUAAAGUGCUCAGCAGCUGGGA